GUCCCUUUUUGCGUAACAUUUAUUCGUUUACAACUGAGGUCCGGACAGUGUAUCAUUUCUUCGAGACGUGACCGCGCAGCCACACAAAUUUUAGAAGACUUGUCCGAAACAAAGACCCCCUCAGAAUUUCUCAGUGGAUCAACAGCAACAACAUCAACAACAGCAAUACAAAGAAAAAGAAGAAGAAGAUGACAGAAUCAUCCUACGAUGGCUCCGUGGCACUGGACGUGAGUCAAUUUGGCAAAUUGUCGGACGAAGAAAUCAAAGCGCUGAAACAAGAUCAGUUACACCCGUUGUUUCGCGGCGUGGACGAAGAUGACGUCAAAGACAUUUUGGACUAUUCGUUUGCCAUGAUUAACAACGGCAAGCCACUGGAUAGUAUGGUCGCCGAGCUCGUGCAAAUGGAAAUGGACUUUUGUCCCGAAGCUACCGCCCACAAGGUAGCCAAAGUACUGGCCGACUAUAUUCACACCAAGUCAACCUCUUCGCAACAGUCACAACAACAACAAGACGCAACAGGCGACCCUCCUUCUAGCAACAGUGGUGGCAAGCAGCGAGUCGUCUCGUUAAAGUCCAAAACGGAAGGAAACGCAUUGACCAACAGUGGAGCGUUGGGAUCCAAUAAGGAUAAGGGUAAAAAGAAUCGAGGAAAUGCUCUUACCAUGGCGGGCGCGCUGGGAGCCCAACGAAACAAGGACGCCAACAAUAAUAAUAAUAAUAAUAAUAAUAAUAAUAAUGCAAGAGACAACCACCACCGAGACAAGGGAGGACGAAACAACAACAACAAUCGAGACAACAAUCGCAACAACAAUAACAAUCGAGACAGAGACAACAACCGUCAAUCACGAGGCGAUGGUGGACGUGGAGGAGACCGUGAUGGAGGACGAGGAGAUCGUGGUGGACGACGCGAUGGCGGAAGAGGUGGUCGUGGAGGUGGACGCGGCGGUGGACGUGAUAACAAUCGCCGCGAUGGUGGAAGAGGAGGUCGAAGUGGUGGUCCUCGUGGCGGCGAACGACGCGAUCGUCAAGGAGCUGCAUUUGAUCGAUUGACCAAUAAUAACAACCACAAUGAUCAUUCGAAUAGAAAGCGACGCAAUGACGAUGACUGGGGUGGUCGUCGUGGUUAUGACGGAGAAGAUGACUACAUGGAAGCGCCUCGUGGAGGGCGGGGUCGUGGGCGUGAUGGUGGCCGUGGACGUGACGGUGGAAGAGGAGGACGCGAUGGAGGAAGAGGGCGCGACGGUGGUGGUCGUGGACGCGGAGGUCCCAACAAGCGCAUGCGCAUGGAAGAACAACCACCACCACAAGAAGACUACAACAGCCACCAGAACUACGACGAAAACGAGUACUACGAUGAUGGAUACGGCGGAUACGACGAUGGAUACGGUGGAGGAGGAUAUUACCCUCCACCGUCCUAUGGAUAUCAUCAUCGCGGCGGAGGCUUUCGCGGUGGUCGUGGUGGACGAGGAAGGGGCGGACGAGGAAGACCCAUGCGGGGUGGACGGGGACGUGGAAGAUUUGGACGUGGCGCUGGAGAACAAGAAGGCGCUCCUGCUGAGGAAGGCGGUGGUGCUCCUGCUGCUGCUGAAGCGCCUCCCAAGGAACAAGGCGGAGACAAUGCCAACACGGACAUGGCUGGCCCCACGGAUGCCGCCGAAAGUCAUCCAUCUCCCAUGGUCCAAGCCAGCUACAGUGGUGGAUAUGGAUACCGUGGUGGUGGACGUGGAUUCCGGGGACGUGGCCGUGGCAGAGGAUAUCGCGGGGGUCGAUCCUACUACACGGGACGUGCCCAAGUCGCCGGUAUGAUUGCCUCCAAAGCAUGGGUACGACCCAAAGACACGGACGCCAGUGCAGGAGGCGGCGACGGAGGAGGAGAUGCCGGUGGAGGUGCUGCUGCCGAGUCCUAA